AUGCGUUACAACGUCGUCCUCGCUACGCUCUCUGCGUUUACCGCGGUUGCUUCCGCCCAGAACCUUUCUGCGACAAUCGAUCCCGCCUCCGUGGAUUCUGUAACCAAAGGCCAAUGGUGCAACGCCCAGUAUCAGACUUGCAACAUCCUUUGCGCCCAGAGCCCGACCAAGGAUGACUGCAUAACGGAAACCCUGAACUACACCUGCACCUGCCAGGACGGCAAGACUCCGGAGCUGGAAAAAUACAUCCAGACUAUCCCGACUUUUGAGUGCGAAACUGCCUUCGCGAGAUGCCAGGCGGCAAAUGCCAUGGAUGCCAUAGCGCAAGGAAAGUGCAAGGAGAUCAAGAACCAAUGCGGUACUCUUGACCCCGCCAAGGCCACGAUUGCUAGCCCCAGCUCUUCCACCACCGCCGCUCCCACGACCAGCAACACCGGCACCGCGGAUUCGGCUGCGGCGACUACUACUGCUCCCAGCACCUCGACUUCCAAGGCCGCCGCUCCGACGAACCUUGCCUACCUUGGAAACGGCGUCGCUGCGGUUGCUGCCGGCCUCUUUGCUGCCGCGCUGCUUUGA